AUGGAUUCAUCGUCACAAAUAAACACGAUUUCACUGCAGCCAUGUGCGAAGCGACUAGGUCUCCGUUGGUCAACUUGGUCGGCACCAACUUCGGGUUUGGCCGGCGUGCCGGUAGUCACGGUGCAAGGCCGAGUCGAUUGCCAUGUUGUGCCGCGCUACGCGUCCGAUCCGGUUUUAGCGUUCGAGUCAUGGGGUUCUAUCACCGGUGACCUCCCACGGCACUCGUUGGAACCGUCUGUACGGGACGAGUUUUCGCACUCGGCGUUGGCGGAGGACCCAGAUUUCCAUAUCGCCGUUGAUCUAUUAUUAGGUGCAGACCUGUUUUCAUCCAUUGUUGACGGGCGUCAGGUUGUUGUGAAUAAGUCGUUGUCCGCCGCGUUCAGUUCGUGUUUCGGGCGGAUCCUUGUUGGUUCAGUGUCGCCGUCGGAUAUACCGAUCCCGCGCAAACAAACGCCGUGUCUCUACUCACGUCCGUAG